UACACAUUUUAAUCUCGCGAGAGCUGCAGAACCCUCUUUCCUGGAGAACCUCUACGUGUCUUGACAGUGACACCUUUGUUGACUGUAAUGUAAACGUGCUGUGAGUAUAUUGACAAUAACGGGAUUAUUAUUCUUAUCCACCUUUAAAUGCAGACGGUUGUCUCACUGGGCUGAUGUUUCACUGACCCUCCCGACCCACACAUCCAUCCAGCCCGCCGGUCCGACAUGUCGUCGGUGGGGUCGUCGGUGGGUUUCUCCGGCUCUCUGACGAGCUCCACCCUUCCUCCGCCGAGGACCCGCAUAUUCAAAAUCAUCGUGAUCGGGGACUCCGGCGUGGGGAAGACCUGCCUCACAUACCGCUUCUGUGCGGGGAAGUUCCCGGAGAAGACCGAGGCCACGAUCGGGGUGGACUUCAGGGAGAGGCUGGUGGAGUUUGACUCCGAGAAGAUCAAGAUCCAGCUGUGGGACACUGCAGGCCAGGAACGCUUCAGGAAGUCCAUGGUGCAGCACUAUUACCGUAACGUGCAUGCUGUUGUCUUUGUCUACGAUGUCACCAACGCUGCCAGCUUCCGCAGCCUCCCAGCCUGGAUCGAGGAGUGCAAGCAGCACGCGCUGGGCAGCGAGGUACCCAGGAUCCUAGUUGGAAACAAGUGCGACCUUCAAGACUCCGUUCAAGUUGGCACAGACGUGGCGCAACAGUUUGCAGACGCCCAUUCUAUGCCCCUGUUUGAGACGUCUGCAAAGAACCCAAACGGCCAGGGAGACGGAAACUGUGGCGGGGGAAACAAUGACCACGUCGAGGCUAUUUUCAUGACGGUGGCACACAAGCUGAAGUCUCAGAAGCCUCUGGUUUUGAGCCAGCCACGGGGAUCAGCAGGUACCAUCAACCAGCGGGGGAGGGGUGACGGGGGAGAAGGGGCCAGGAGCUGGAGCUGCAGCAGCUGCUGAGGGAGAAAAAUGGAGGGAAAGAGGGAGACAACUUCAAUCUGAGGCUGCACAAGCCAGAGGGGGUUGAAAGCGGAAGGAGCUAAGGGAAAGUGUGGAGGUCUUGAAAGAAGGAACGGAUCCAGCCCAAUGGCUUCACAAUCAGCACGGACAUUUAUGAAUUAAACAUUUAGAAGAGGAUACUUUUUUUUCUCCAAUGCCUAUGCUUUACUUUUUAAAGGACUUUGGUUUGAGGGAGUAUUUACAGUAUGGUUGUUGUUGUUGUGACUGCCAAAAUCUAUCGCGGGUCCAUGGACGAUCUGAACUGAAACGAACUUCAACAAGGGGCCAAGAAUCCGAUUCUAAUUCAGUUUCCCUACUUUCUAAUGCACCACUUUAAGUUUCAAUUCACCUAUGUUUAUGGACUCUGUGGCCACAGAAAACAUGGAGGGAGAUGAACUAGAAAUGUUUUCACUAUGAUAUGAUGGGAGAGCGAAAUUUCACUUCUUUAUGCAGACUUGGGGUGGACAUAAUAUCACAACACGUUAUAAUAUAAUACAAUCUAUUUGGUUUUAAUUCUUCCAUUGAGGGUGCCCGCUGUCAAGUUAUGUUCAGUGUUUCUAAUCAAAACACAUUACAUAACACAAACAAGUUGAAUGCAUUUCCUUCUUUAACGUAUUGAAUGUUAACACAAACAGCUGUCAAUCAGUGGAUUAAUGCUCAUAAAAGCAUAUUGGCUGCUAUCAGUGGUCAAAAACUCCAGUUUCUCCAAGCCUUGAUUGUGCUUAACAUAAAAUCAUGCUUAUUAGUAAGCUCACUGAAAUUAGCAGUUGAUUGGGGGGAAAAAAAUAAAAUUAAAACUACCGAAGAACACAGGGAAAUACCCUAAUCACACCCAGAGUUUCACACUUAUUCGUACUGCUCGUCAGACGCUGGUCAAGGUUCUGUUCACAGCUUGCUUCAGCUGCUCCCAAGUGGUCAAGAAAAAAAGAUAGUUUAAGACACCUAUUUGUGAUGGACGGCACCUUUUGUUAAGGUCUAGUUUGUUUUUAUUAUUAUGCAGUGGGUGGAGUGAGGCUCAGACCUGGGUGGAGUUACACCAAACAGGCUUGCUCUACAGUAUGCACCUGUUGUUGUUCUUCACCACCACUUUUCAACCAGCAUGGAACAGGUUCUGUUUGGAGCAUUUUGACCAACAGAAUUUUUUUUUCUUUAAACCUGAAGUUGUGAACCUUGAUGACAUCAGAGGCAGUGUUGUAUUCUACAGAGUUAAGUCAAGUGUGAAAUUGUCUUCUUACAAUUACUAGUCAUCAUUGUAAUUACUGUUGUUUUUUGGAUAAAAAAAAAAAGAUAUAUCUGUGAUAAUCGAACAAAAGCUUGCAGGUCAUCAAUGCGAUCAGUCUUCUUCUUCUUCUUCUUCUGCUGUUUACUUCCGUUGUGCAUUGACGCCCUCCGUAGAUGAGGCAUCCUUGAUUACAACGGUUCCGUCCAAUCUGGUGACAACGCCGACUAGUUUGCUAGCACCAAGGUUUCAAGAGUCCUUAAUGGAGCUGAUUCAAGAAGCAGAGCUAAUUUUGUGGGGGAAAAUGCCAUCAGUGGUCGGGGAAGAGUUUAACCAGGGAUUGACUGGAUUUUAUGAUAAAGGAUGCAAAGGGAACCUGUUAGGAACUUGGAAAUGGAAUUUAGGGAGAUUACAGCUGGCAAAGAUAAGUCUUUGCUCGCUCUAUCUUUCUGUUCCCGUUUCUUUAUCUGAAGGCAACAAAAUAGCCAAAUUUGUAAACAAGAAUACAGAUUAGCACGUGUAGGCCAGCCAGUGAAUAAAACAGGACAAACACAUACCGUACCUACGACAUAUCCUGUGUGUAAGCUUGUAAUACAACCUUCAGCAUGUGGCAAACACUAUUGUAUGAUAAGAUAAGAUAAUCCUUUAUUAUUUCCGCAGCAGGGAAAUUUGCAGGAUUACACGUAAUAUUGUAUGAUAAAAAGCUGACGCCGUUUAACCCUUCGUAGGCAACGAUGCAUCAUAAGCUGGAGUGGUUAUGGCGAUAGGUUGCAGCCUUGUGUUCGUGGUUGCAGAUGUGUGCUGUGGCCACAGCUGGUCCUGUGGCUCCUCUGAUCAUCACGCUCACAUAGUUAUUGAUCCAAACAAACGGCCUUGUCUCAGGACUGAGUGUUCAGAGGCUAUGCACACAGAUGAAAGAAAG